AGGCACUUUUGGCCAGUACCUGUUUGGGGUACCGCAACGCCUGGAAAGUUGCAGCGCCUCGCUCCCACCUUCAGUUGCCAUUUGCCCCGCGUAUCUCUUACGGCAACGAGAGACUCCUGCCCGUCCUCCAACUUCCUGCUCGUUCCAAUUCCUCAUGGGGUCCGAAUUUGGACCCCUUCUCAAACCUAAUUUCAUAUACUAGCGUUACCAAGUCCUUGCCGCUCAUCCUCUGUUAUCCUCGUGUCCAUAUUCCAUCCCGUGCGUCGGUCUUUGCAUCACGAGGUUCCGGUUGUUUCCAUUCCCAGAGAGCAAAGACCUCGCGUCUGAGAUAACAGACGUCAUUGUCUCCCUACAACGCCAAGAAACUAUGAUAACCGUGAGGUGAUUAGGACAAUAAGGUAUUAUGCAUCAGUCAGCCUCGUCAGCCUCGUCAGCUUCUCAAUCUUCCUUUCGUCGGGCAUUGUUAGGGUUGUCUUGCCACCGGAGAACUACUGGAGACCAGGUACCUGAAAGCGAAGCAUCUGAUCCACCGCAAGAGGAGCACGCUCACUCAAGCCAUCAACGCCUUCUGCCAAAUAUGAACUCGACCCUAUCAGCCCCGGGCAAGUCCCUUUCCGCUCCUCAAACCUCCAACUUCUCGCAAGCCUCCUCGCAAGCACCCCCACCUGUGGGCUUUGAUUCUGCUCGACGCCAAGGUACAGGUCAAACCCAGGGAUCAAGCGCUUCACAAUCCGCCCCACGGAGGAAUCAGGGCGCCAGACGGCAACAUAGAGACAUGAGGCGCCCCGGCGCAAUGCGGCAGCAGAGCCGUGUGAAUGAUGACGAAGACAUUCUGGCCGAAAUGCGAGCUAUGCGGAAUGCUUCGAGCCGUCGCGGACAGACCUCCAUUACACAUUUGCUGAAUUUAAACCCUCCGCCUCGCCCAGCCUACGACAGCACUCACAGCUAUUCCUCCCGCUCUUAUCGCCGAAACCCUAGCUAUGGCGUUGGUUCCGGCUACCAUUCUAUGGACAAGGCUCGCUAUGUUCACGCCAAUUACCGAUUCGUCGUGUCACCCGGUGGCAAUUACACGGCGCAAGCCUCAGACGCAGACGAACAUCUCGAAUGGACCGAUAUCCUACAGAUCAUUGCUUCAACAGAGUCGCAACAGACCUCAUGCCCAAUCUGUCUUUCGGAGCCCGUCGCGCCACGCAUGGCGAAAUGCGGCCACAUUUUCUGUCUGCCGUGUCUUAUCCGGUUCAUGAAUACGGUGCCCAAUGAUGACGGCCGCUCACACCCGGAAAAGAAGCAGAAUCGAUGGAGAAAGUGCCCCAUCUGCGAUGAUACAGUCUAUCUAAACGAAGUUCGCCCGGUCAGGUUCUAUGCCGGUCAAGAGAGCGCCCUCCCCCGGCCAGGCGAGGAUGUAGUGCUGCGUCUAAUGGCGCGCAAUGCAAAGAGCACUCUCGCACUACCCAAAGAAGGCGCUGCAGAGGUACUGCAAUCGGGCGAUGACAUCCCCUGGCACUUUGCCGCCAAUGUUCUGGAUUAUGCAAGGAUCAUGAAGGGUACUACCGGGUAUAUGGAAGAGCAGUAUGACCAAGAAGUGGACGACUUAACCAAGCAGGAGAAAGAAGAUGAACUGAUGUUCCACGAAGAUAACGAAUGGACCCAGAAAGCCAUCAGGGCAGUUCAUACGGCAAAGGAGAAGUUGAAGGAGCUUGAUUCUAGCCAGACAACGGCACUUGCAACAUCGGCCGCUGCCGGAUCCCAGUCCAGGAAGCGUGAUGAGGACCUUGAUUUCUUUUUCUACUCUGCACCUCCGCAUCUUUACCUCUCACCCUUGGACAUUAGGAUUUUAAAGACUCAAUUUGGCUCUUUCUCUGAAUUCCCAACCACACUUCUUCCUAGGGUUGAGCAUAUCUCCACAGGCAACGCCGUCGACGAUGUCAUGCGGAAACGCGCCAAAUACUUGGGUCAUCUACCCCGAGGAUGUCUCAUCAGCUUCCUCGAAUGCGACUGGACUGACAUCGUCACCCCUGAGGUUCUUGAAACCUUUAAGGAGGAGAUCGAGCGCCGGCGUAAGCGGAAUAAGGACAAAAUUGCUCAGGAGGAGCGUGAGCGUCUGCAGGCAGAGCGUCUGGAAGCCGCUGCUAUCCGUGGUGCCAGGCGUCAGGCGGGCCCGUUAGCAGAGGAAGGGAUCAUUCGCUAUGGUAAUGCCGAUGCGGAUCGGCCCCCAGUGAACAUGGACGACUUCAUCCCUCUUGGUGCGGAAGCGCCAAGUACGACACCACCAAAUCCAAGGACUGGAUUUGGUACCCUAUCAGAGAUGAGUACCAGCCCGAGUGCACAAAGGACGGUCUGGGGUACGCCGGCUAUACAUGGGGAUGAGCCGGAAUAUAUGGUGCCCAGGAACCCGGUUGAUGAUGGCUGGUUGAAGGAUGAUGAUGUUAUAGACAGUCUGAGCACGCAGGAUAUCGCUUUCCAGAUGGAGGCAAUGGGCCUUGAGAAUGGUGCUGGUAGCAGCAGUGCUGCCGCUGCCGCUUCCGCGGUGGGCGGUGCUAAGGCCGGCGGUGGCGCCAAAGGUGGAAAGAAGAAGAAACAGAAGAUCACAUUGAUGAGUACCGGAGGUAGGAGGGGUCUCUAGGAACACUGGCCUGGAAAGAUUAGCUGAUUUUCAAAAGCCGGGUCAUCUCUUUAAACAUUUGCGCAACAAGAUCAUCAAGAUAUUGGCUUCUGACCUGGGCGUUUGUAGUGUAGUGUCAUUGAACGACUUGCUAGUCUCCGCGAUGUAUCUGGCUUGUAUACAUCAAUCAUGGGGUCUCAAAACGUGUUCUGACAAACAGAUACUCCCCGACAAGUCUCGGGAAGGGGGAGGUGAUCCGGACCAGACUGCAGCACCAUGGUGAAGCGGAUAAUCUGCAUAGUCAUGGAUAUGCAGAAUCUUGAUACUAUCUAUGUACUUGCUAGUGUGUAUUGGAGUGGUUUGCAGCGUGGUCGUUGUAUCAGCCGUUGACGGGCGGCCCGAAAACGGCAACAGCUUCUACAUAAUGUGGAACAACAUGGAACCCUCCGCGACUCAGUGUCUCUCUUAAGGCGGGUGUCAGCGUAAGAUGACCAGG